GUGCAUUCCAUGGCAAUCCAUGUUUUUUAUAGGCUGUCACUCACUCCCACUUGUCCACCACUCACCUCACUUUUUCCCAUGUAUAACAACUCUUCUCUGUCACCUAUCAUAUUUCUUUCAAUCAAUACAAUUGCUUCCUAAUUCAUAUCAGAAGCCAUGACUGCCCAACCAAAGAAGAUCAUCAUCGACACCGACCCUGGCAUUGAUGAUGCUAUGGCGAUUUUUCUGGCAUUACGAUCACCAGAGGUGGAGCUGAUUGGACUUACAACUAUAUUUGGGAAUGUUUAUACGACCCUGGCCACGAGAAAUGCCCUGCAUUUGCUUGAAGUUGCAGGGAGAACUGAUAUCCCAGUUGCUGAGGGAUCUCAUGUCACUAUUACUAAAGAUACGAAACUUCGAGUUGCUGAUUUUGUACAUGGUGCUGAUGGACUUGGCAACCAAAAUUUUCCUCAGCCAAAAGGAAAGCCAAUUGAGCAGUCAGCAGCUGCCUUUCUCAUUGAGCAAGCAAACCUCUAUCCUGGAAAAGUCACAGUGGUGGCACUAGGCGCACUUACAAAUAUUGCCCUGGCCAUCCAACAAGAUCCUGCACUUUCUAGGAACAUUGGGCAAAUUAUUCUUCUUGGUGGUUCUUUUGCACUAAAUGGGAAUGUGAAUCCAGCAGCAGAGGCCAAUAUUUUUGGUGAUCCAGACGCUGCAGAUAUUGUCUUCACAAGUGGAGCAGAUGUUUUGGCUGUGGGCUUAAAUGUUACUCAUCAAGUCGUAUUGACAGAUGCUGAUAGACAGAAGCUGGCAAGGUCAGAUGGGAAAUUUGCUCAGUAUUUGUGCAAAAUCUUAGAGGUGUACUUCUCUUAUCAUGAUUAUGCAUACAACACAAAAGGAGUUUUCCUUCAUGAUCCAACAACCCUUCUUGCAGCUGUUGAUCCUUCUCUUAUGACAUAUGCCAAAGGUGUUGUUAGAGUCCAGACCAGUGGCAUCACAAGGGGAUUGACAUUGUUACACAACACACAGAAAAGGUUUGGUGAAGUCACUGAAUGGAGUGAUAAACCCACAGUGAAGGUUGCUGUCACAGUUGAUGCUCCUGCUAUUCUCAACCUUGUCAUGGAGCGGCUUAUGGAUUCCUGAAGAAUUCAAGCUACUGAAUGAUAAAUCAUAAUUCUAGGGAAUUGAGCUCGUUCUCAACAGUCCUCAAGUCUUGGAUGCAACUUCUUGUCGUUGAUUUCAUUUAAGAUAUAUCCCACAUUACAUUGGUUGAGUUCUUGAUGAUUUUCUAUUGUCCUUCGUUUAAGGGCAUCUGAUCUGGUCACUAGAUGCAUCUUUUUUGUGACGUUAAGGUUCAUAUUUUUAUCAUCUUUUAAUAAGGAUGUCGUGAAACAGCCAUUUUAUCUCAA